AAUAUAAAGUCUUCCCUGUAUGUAGUCCCAUGUCUACAAUAGACCAGCUUUGCUUUUGCUCUAGUGUUGCUUCGUUUUUUAUUUAGCUGCCAGAAAACAACUUUGAAGGUCUUUUCAUAAUGGAAAUGACUCAAGAGUACUGUGAAUUAGAAGGAAUAAAAGCACCUUUUUUUGUGCAUUCCAGAGAAAGCUUAUACUAUGCAUGGAAGGAAUUUCAGACACUUGAUGAUGAUGUUUUUAAUGUAACAUAUCCCAAAUCAGGCACUACAUGGUUACAAGACAUCUUAAGCCUCAUUUAUAGCAAUGGAGACCCUACACCAAUCAAAACACAGUAUAGCUGGGAUCGUGUACCCUGGCUCGAGCAGCGUAAAUCCAAAGCUCAAGUUGAAAACCUACAAUCUCCUCGACUUAUUACAACUCACCUCCCUAUACAAUUGUUUCCACAGUCAUUCUACAAAACAAAAGCUAAGGUGAUUUACACAGUGCGAAAUCCUAAAGAUAUUUGUGUGUCUCUCUAUCACUUCUCCUUGGUCGCUCAGUUCAUGGAUUGCAGAGAAGACUUCCAGGAGUUUGUGUCUUUGUUUCAUAGUAAAGACAUCAUUUUUGGUCGAUGGUCUGAACAUGUUAAAGGCUGGCUAACUAUGAAGGACAAUCCAAACUUUCUUCUCUUUUCAUAUGAUGAAAUGUUAAAGGAUCCAAAAAGUAACAUCAUAAAACUCUGUAAGUUCCUUGGAAAAGACUUGGAUGAUGCUGCCAUAAAUUCUGUCGUAGAAAAUUCCUCUUUUCAAGUUAUGAAGUCAAAUGACAAGUCCAACUACUCUAUGGUCCCUGACUUUAUCUUCAACAAGAGUUUUGGUUCCUUUCACAGAAAAGGCAUCUCUGGAGAUCACAAGCAAUAUUUUACUCCUGCUCAGGAGAAAGAGUUUGAAGAGCUUUCAGGUAUGAAAGACAUCAACCUUCCCUUUCUACAAAUCUGAAGAAAAUCUGCAAUUCAUAAGAAGCUUCUCCAUGUUGGAACAUUAUAAAAUUACAAAACGAUUGGGGAAACUACUGUAUUACAACUGCUUGUUUACAAUCUAUUAUGUAAAGUGUAUUUUACAAUAGAAUGGCAUAUUGUUAUGAUUUUUUUGUUUCUGUUUACAUCUUGCAUACUGAGAAGUAAUAUUACAAUUAUCUUGUACAGUAUAUUCCAUCUUACAUUUUUAUACCCCAUCAUUAUGAAAAUAAAGUAAAAAAUAGUU